CUUGAUUUGGAUCUCAAAACACACACACACACAGCUAUCUGCUUGUUUGUAGACGCUGAACCAAAUUCACUGAACAUCGCUGCAACAGCACCGGCUUCAAAACUGGGACAAUGGACAUCGCAGAGUUUCGGCGCUUGGGGAAGCUGAUGGUGGACUAUGUGGUGGACUACCUGGAAAACAUAGAAGAGCGACAGGUGUACCCGGAUGUGGAACCGGGUUAUCUUCAUCACUUAAUUCCCACUGAGGCCCCCCAGGAACCAGAGUCAUAUGAGGAGAUUAUGAAAGACGUGGAGAGGGUCAUAAUGCCUGGGAUUACACACUGGCACAGCCCAUACUUCUAUGCCUACUUUCCAACAGCCUCGUCUUAUCCUUCCAUGCUUGCUGAUAUGCUGUGUGGAGCCAUUGGUUGCAUUGGAUUCUCAUGGGCUGCUAGCCCGGCCUGUACUGAGCUGGAAACAGUGAUGCUGGACUGGCUGGGAAAGAUGCUGCAGCUUCCUGAGGAUUUUCUAGCUGGGUCUCGUGGCCAUGGAGGAGGCGUCAUACAGGGCACAGCCAGUGAAGCCACCCUGAUGUCCCUGCUUGCUGCUCGCUGUAAGACGGUUGAUCGAGUACAGGCAUCCAACCCCAGUUUUACAGAGGCUGACAUAAUCCCCAAACUGGUAGCUUAUACCUCAGAACAGGCUCAUUCGUCAGUAGAACGUGCUGGUCUGAUUGGAUGCGUGAACAUGAGGAAAGUUCCAGUUGACAACACAUACGCUGUCCGAGGAGAAAUGCUGCAGAAAUUAGUGGAUGAGGACAAGGAGGCCGGACUUAUCCCUUUUUAUUUUUGCGCAACUCUUGGCACCACUCCAUCGUGUGCUUUCGAUCACCUCAUUGAGUUGGGACCCAUAUGUAAUAAGGAAGAAAUGUGGAUGCACAUUGAUGCAGCGUAUGCUGGGAGUGCUUUUAUUUGCCCUGAAUAUCGGCCUUUGCUGAACGGUGUUAAGUUUGCAGACUCGUUCAACUUCAACCCACACAAAUGGCUUUUAGUCAACUUUGACUGCUCCACAAUGUGGGUGAAGAAAAGAGCUGACAUUAUUGGAGCCUUCAAGGUGAAUCCAGUUUACCUGAGACAUGAAAAUCAAGAGUCAGGUCUGGUCACAGACUACAGGCACUGGCAGAUUCCACUGGGAAGAAGGUUCCGUUCACUGAAGAUGUGGUUUGUUUUUCGUAUGUAUGGAAUCAAAGGCCUGCAGGAUCACAUACGCAAGCAAGUGGCUCUCGCUAAACAGUUUGAGAGUCUGGUCCGAGCUGACAACAGGUUUGAGAUCUGUGCCGAGGUCAUCCUGGGGCUGGUCUGUUUCAGGCUCAAGGGCUCCAAUGAACUGAACGAGGCACUGCUGGAUAAGAUCAACACAAGCAAAGAGAUUCAUCUGGUGCCUUGCAAACUUUCAGGCCGCUUCGUCCUACGUUUCGCCAUCUGUGCGCGCAGUACCGACUCCCAUCACAUCCAAAAAGCGUGGCGCCACAUCACACAUCUGGCUUUUGAGCUUCUGCAAGAUUCCCAGUUUAGUGACCAAAAUCCAGAGAGUUGCCUGAAAGACCACCUACAAAAAGAGACAACUGCGCAGCUGUAGGGAUAGUAAAUAUCCGAUGCCUGCUUGAGGAUCAAAUUUCAGGCAAAGAUUGUUGUUUGUUGUUUCAGAUAUGAAAUGUUAUAAAGGAAUGAAAAAAAAAAAUUCCACGAUCCACUCUGUGGAUGAAAAUUCUGCAGUCUACACUUACAUUUUGUAUCUAUAAUCUGACUAUUGUGCAGCUUUUACGCAGUGUGCAGAUUGUGAGUGCAGCUUUGGAGUUGUGUUUGUGGUGUUAGUGUUGGUCACUUUGUGAGAAUCUGCAGUGAUUGUCUUACAUUUUGUCAGUAAAUGUCGUGGACACAGACCUACACAAAUUUUGCACACACACUCACACACGUAAAAAAUUUCAUUCAUACAUUUUGAAAUUGUGAAAAAGAUUAAUGUAUUUAUUACUUUGAGUUUGAUGUGAUUACUUCUGAAAUGCUUUCUUCAGUAAUUUUUUUUUUAACUGUACUAGUGCAGUGCCUGUAGGAAGUUUGUAUUCCUAUACAAAAUUGGGAACCUAAGUAGAUUUUACAUGGAUGGUCUUAUGUGGCUGUGUUUGAAGGUGGGAUGUACAAAGAGGUGCACUUAAGCUUACAUAGUUUUAACAAAGUGUACAUUUGUUAAGACAUGGUUGACAUUGAGAUACAAGUAGACCUGCAGAUAGUUAUUUUAAGAAAAAGAUUGACAUUCAUCCAACAUGGUCAGACAUAUAUACACACAUAGAGAUAUAGGAAGGAAUAAACACAGUUAGUGUUCAUGAAAUACAAACAUAUGGAUGUAAAUACAGUAGUCAUUGAUAAUGUGAGUCUGGGGCAUUUAGGUUUGUUGUGAAUUGUGUGGAUUGAUGGAUAAACAUUGUGCUUUCAUAUAUUUUGGCUUUUAGCAAGGAUACUGUAGGGAGUUGAACCCCAUUCCACUAAUGUGAAAGUACCACUACCGGUGCCUUUUGCUUUUUGGGCCACUGGGGAAAAGCGACAACAGUAAUGCAACAACAUGGUUUUUAAAAGUGUUUUCAAGGCUUAAUCUGGUUUGAAUUCUUUUUUGAAGUGAAGUAAAAGGUAUGUAUGGUGGAUUAUUUUCAUAAGUAUGAAUUUGUUUAGGUGACCUUCAGACAGUCCGGCAACGGCAUUUGCUUUGAAAUGUAGGCUGCAUUUUACUGGACUUCAACAUGGAUGUGUAUGUGUUGGCAUGUUGUUGCAAAAUCAGCGAACUUUAAGAGUGGUGUUACUUGGAAUGGCCACCCUCUGUGCUGGCUAAAGCAUACUUCUCACAUUCGUAUACAGUUGUAUUUCUGCAAUACUUCACUUCCAUUUGGCAUGCCUGGCAAAUCGCUUUGCUUUUGUCAAGCUCAUCUUUGUCAUUGCCGUUUAUGAACCCGAAAUGGUGGCAGAUAAUAGUUUUAAACAUUUCGGGUGUUUUCCUGCUAGUGGCAAAAUAGAAUGGCAUUACCGUGUCAGGUUUGUUGUAUGUCCAUUCUGUAUAUUCUGAAGUGGCUGCAGCAAGGCAGAAGGCUUCUGAGCUUAAGAUUGAAGCUUCAAGAGGCUAAAUGAAAGUUUGUGAUGAACUUAGUCAAUGUUCAAAAGUGUUUACUGUAGCUUAAAGUCAGUAGGUGGUGGAAAAGUAGGACAGAGACGCCACGGAGGGCGCUAUCUUGGAAGUCCUAAUGUUACAAUAUUAAUCAAAAUAAAGGUUUCGAAAAUGAAUCCCCAAAAUUUUCAUAAUAAAGGCUGCACAUUAUUGUGCCAUGUGCAAUCCAUAUCCGAAAGCUGAGGCCGAUCUGACAAACAGAGAGAUAUGCGAGCCACAUACACACACACAGAGACACAUCUUGCUUUAUAGAUAGAUAGGUUUCACACUUUCAUGUAGUGCCGCCUGCUCAGUGAGACGUCAUUCUUCAAAAACGACAAUCAGUUACCGCUGAAAUUCAGAGAGGAAAAAGAAAAUUACAUUUUUGGAUCAACUAAUUCAUUGAAAACACUCCACAGCUUCAUAUUCACAGCAGUAAAGAGAACAACUACCACCAUCAAUUUUGUGCCUUUUU